GAGAGUUUUUUUUAUUUUAAAUGUUUUUUAUAAAGAACUGAAAUAUUUGUUCACUGAUUUGACAAACGUCAAAACUCGUCCUUGAAAAUGACGGUAUCGCAGUUUGAGGUUAUGGAUUUGUAUAUUUUUUAAAUAUAAAAAGUAAAAUGUUCAUUUUGARCAGAUCAGCAAAAAAUACYUUUUUAUUUAUUAUUACAUGACGCUUUCUAUCGAAAUAAAACAAUGUCACUUAUGUUUAGAGCAAAAUUCGGCAGCAAUAUUUUAAAAACCAAGACACAAAGUGUUACAAAUCCAUGGCAAUGUAUCAAAAACAACUCAAAUGCGCCCCCAACUCAAGCAAGGAUAGUGAUAGCAGGUGCUGGAGUUGUGGCAAAUUCUGUAGCCUAUCACUUGGUUCAGAAUGGUUGGAAUGAUAUUAUAGUCCUAGAACAAGGGAAAAUAGGCAGUGGGACCUCUCAUUUCGGUUCCGGAACCUUAGGUUUGUUUAAACCUAUCGCUCACAGAAACCUAAUCUGGUACAGUAUUAAACUAUAUCAACAAUUACAAGAUAUGGGCUAUGACAUCCAAAUGAGACAAUGUGGAAGCAUAAACUUAGCCCAAACGAAUGAUCGUUUAAUAGCUUUAAAAAGACGACUGGCAUACAAUAUCCCCACGGGGUUAUACUGCGAAUUACUUAGUCCAAACGAACUCAAAGACUUACACCCGUACUUAAGAGUAGAUGACUUAAAAGGGGCUGUUUGGGUCCCUGAAGACGCCGUGGCCAACCCUAGAGCUAUCUGUGAUGUCCUGGCAAUUCUAGCACAACAAGGGGGCGCGAAAUACUUCGAACACACACCAGUCGACAAAGUACUUACCCAAAAUUCAACCGUUUACGGCGUCGAGACACCAAAAGGGGUUAUCAAAUGCGAGUAUUUCGUCAACUGUGCUGGGAUGUGGGCCCGGGAAUUGGGGCUGCAGUGUUCGCCACAAGUGCGCAUCCCUGCAUACCCAGCCCAGCAUUUCUACGCAACGACGGGGCGCCUCACUCAAAUUAUUGACGAAUCAACGCCAAUAAUACGAGAUUAUGACGCUUUCACGUACGCACGGGAGCAUGAAGGGGGCUUCAUGAUCGGGUGGUUUGAAGAAGAAGCCAAACCGGCGUUUGAAGACAGCCAAGUUCCGAGGGAUUGGAUGAGACACAUCAAAAAAGAUUUUAAUCACUUUUUUCCUUUAUGGGAAAAAGCCGUACGCCGGAUUCCGGAAUUAACAAAUUGCAAGAAACCGGAAAUUGUUAACUCUCCUGAUAACUUCACUCCUGAUGGUCGCUGGAUUUUGGGUGAAACGGCUGAAGUAACGAAUUAUUUUGUAGCUUGUGGUAUGAACGGUAACUCGUUACAGGGCGCGGGUGGGAUUGGUAAAGCAGUAGCUGAGUGGAUUAUAGAAGGAGAACCCACUCAGGAUCUUCUACCUUUCAAUGUACAAAGAUUUUUAGAUGUUCAUAACAGUCGACAGUAUUUGCAACAAAGAAUUAAGGAAAUUGUGGGCAGGCAUUAUUCAAUUUUGUAUCCCUUCCAGUGUGAAUAUAAAUACGCCAGAAAACUGAGAUGCUCUCCACUUUACAGUGUUCUUGAAACAAAGGGUGCUGUGUUUGGGAUCAAGAUGGCGUACGAAAGAGCGCUUUAUUUUGAUUCCAGAUACAUGAGCGGUGACACUAAACCUAUCAUGCCUCCUGGUAGUUUUUUCAAACCAAAGUUUUUCGAUUACAUGAAAGAGGAGUAUUUGGCGUGUCGGGAAGGUGUUGGUAUUAUUGACAUGUCAUCAUUUUCAAAAAUUGAAAUAAAGUCAGACCAUCUCGAWGUUGUCAAUUAUCUACAARGUUUGUGUUCUAAUGAUAUUGAUAUUGCRGUGGGUGGUAUAGUACACACGGGGAUGCAAAAUGAGAAAGGGGGCUAUGAAAAUGAUUGUAUGUUAGUAAGACAAGCAGAUAACAAAUACUUUAUGGUGUCACCAACUAGUCAACAAACACGAAUCUAUGAAUGGAUUUCGCGUAAUUUACCUCAAAAAUCCUCAAUUGACUUAAACGACGUCACGUCGAUGUAUACAGUCAUUAAUGUGGUGGGCCCCAAAGCACCCGAACUACUAAAUGAAUUGUCUAACAGCGACAUGAAACUAUCACCGUUUUCUUAUAAAAAAGUCAACAUGGGUUAUGCUUCCGAUGUUAUGGUUAUGUCAUUUACCCAUACUGGGGAACCAGGAUAUUGCUUAUACGUCCCAUCAGAGUACGCUUUACACGUCUAUUAUAAAUUAAUGACAGUGGGGCGGGACUAUGGGGCUCGCGAUGUCGGCACUUUGACUCAAAGAUUCAUGCGAAUUGAGCGUUUUAUUCCGUUUUGGGCGGAAGAAUUGAGUAGUUUUACCACACCAUUUGAGGCAGGCAACAGCUAUAGUGUCAGAUUAGACAAAAAGGAGAAUUUUAUUGGAAAACCAGCACUGCAGCAACAGAAAGAAAACGGAGUUAGUAAACAACUCGUCCUCUUCCAUUUAAAUGAUAUUGACCCAGAUAAAGAUAUUUGGCCAUGGGGUGGAGAACCCUUGUACCGCAACAACGAGUUUGUUGGUACUGUCACUUCAGCUGGGUAUGGGUUUUCAGCCGAUAAGUUGAUUUGUUUGGGUUUUAUUCGUCGACCAAGAUCAUCACACAUUAAGACAAUUACUUCAGAAUAUAUUUUGUCUAAAGAGGCCAAAUAUGAAAUUGAUAUUGCAGGCACUCGAUUCUCUAUAACGCCAUAUCUUCAUGCACCGCCUGUCACAAAUGUGGUUAAUUUAGGCCAAAAAUACCGACCGACUGUUAUUAGUUAUAAAAGUGAUGUAACAAGUAAUAAUUUUUGACUGAUGUGACAAACUAGCAAUAUUUAGUUGAAUUAAAUUAUUUC